AUGAAUACAUCAAAAACUGAUCGACUACCGACCCUGUAUGAAGUACUCAAUCGUCAAACGUCUACACCUGUAGACCUAUGGUCUUUCUACACUUUCCUCUCGCAAUACCCGUAUGCCAUCAAUUUUUUGGACUUCUGGAUCGAUACAAUGGCGCAUCUGCGGCUAUGCAAAGACUACGUUAAAGGAAUCCGCCAGAGUGUGACAGAAUGGGAAGAUUCGCAAGAGAAGUCCAAAAUCUCGGACGGAAACACCAACGGCAAUAUGGACAACGCAAGAGCCGCUGAGAUUCCUGAAAAUCGAGAGUCAAUGUCCAGUUCAUUGUUAUUGGAAGCCCUCAUGAAUGACGGAUUUCUCGAUUUUGAAGACAGCAAAAGAGUAUCCCAGUUUCUGCAGGGCCAAACAGACUCUCCUAGACUCACGCGUCUCUUGGAAAGCUGGCAAAAACACACCGACCAGGAUAUAGAGGACGCGCCUUUCAGAAGCCCACUUACGGGCCUCGUGGACGAUUUUCUCAAAACGCAGGCUCACGGCUCUCAAAAGGCUCAUAUAACUUCCAAACAGCUGCUGAGCAACGCACAAACGAUCGUAGAUACUUAUUUGAGAUCCCCGAUCGACAGCCCUCGAUAUUUGAUCAACCUGCCAGACCACAUGCGUCAGCAGGCUCUGCAUAUGGUUGUUACGGAACAACGACACGAUCCGGACGUUUUUGAGCCGUUAAAGUCUCUGGCAUUCCAAUUUUUGGAAAUGGAGUGUUUCCCGCAGUUUCUCACAUCUGUGGCUUUGCAUAAUCUGCACGAUGACCUUACUAAGGAGGCAAUCUCUUCUCGGUCGUACGACGCAGACCAGUCAUUGGGUCGAACAUCUAACCCGUUUUCGCAUUACACGUCGCUCUCACGCAUUGUCCUUGGCAUGGGGUUUCUAUGGCUAGGGCUGUGGCUAGGAUACGUGCUAAUAUUUUUGGAUUACAAUCGUGGCAUUAGAGUAACAACAAUUGUCCUAUUUUUCCUAGGGUUUUACUUCAUAUGGACUGGAAUUUAUAAAGUCGAUAUUUUGUAUGCCCUAUGUGGGGUGACGCAGUCGUUGGUAUCGAACGAGCUGGUCUCGUCUAAAGACCUCGAAAUAGGGCUCAAUCGAAACUCUGCGAAUCACCGCAUGGGCCAUAGGGCUCCCGUUUUCCUACGACUUUUGGGCGGCACCAGCAGGCUGGUGAAAAUACGAAACCCGCUUGUGAACGGCAUGAUCAAACGACGUGCAUGGUGGUGUUUGUUUUUGAUCGCGAUGGGCACAGGGAUUUUCACCGUGAUUUUCAGCUGCGUACCGGGCUAUAGAUUGUAG